AUGAGCGUCGCCCUGCCGUACCGCGACAUCAAUGUCCACUCGUCGCCCUCGCACUACGCCUUCUCGUCGCCCUCGUCGCCCUCGGCCCCCACGCUCGUCGUCGACCGGCCCUCGGGCGACAUCCGCCUGCACGAUGGCAAGCUGCUGGGCUCCAAGCGCGUCUCGAGCAUUGCAGGCAUCCUGGGCAUCAUCAAGCUGCGACUAGACAAGUACAUCAUCGUCAUCACAAAGGCCCAGCCCGUGGGCAGGAUAAAGGGCCACAUGGUCUACCGCAUUGUCGCGACCGAGUUCCUCUCCCUGCGCGAGAAGCCCCUGCACGACCCCGACGAGGACAACUAUCUCAGCCUGCUCAAGACGCUCCUCAAGACGUCGCCGCUGUACUUUUCCUACUCGUUCGACAUCACCAACACGUUCCAGCGCCAGGCCCACAUCGACCCCUCGACGCCCCUGUGGAAGCGCGCCGACGACCGCUUCUACUGGAACCGCUUCGUCUCGAGCGACCUGAUUGACUUUCGCGGCGGCCUGAGCGGCGGAUAUGGAAGGCACUCGGCCGGCCACCAGCCUGGCGCAGACCCGUACAUUCUGCCCAUCAUGUACGGCAUGCUCGAGAUCAAGAGCACGUCCAUCAAGGGCACGCCGCUCACCUUCAUCCUCAUCACGCGCCGCUCGCGCCUCAAGGCCGGCACAAGAUACUUUUCGCGCGGCAUCGACGAGAACGGCAACGUGUCCAACUUCAACGAGACGGAGCAGAUCAUCAUCCUCAACGACAAUGCGUCAGGGGGCCCCGGCGGCUUCGGCUCGAGCCAGAAUGGGACGGCGGGCGGCAAUGCGGGCAAGGAAACGCAGGUUCUUGCAUACGUGCAGACGAGAGGAAGCGUGCCUGUGUACUGGGCCGAAAUCAACACGCUCAAGUACACGCCCAAGCUGCAGGUGCGUGGAGUGGAGAGCGCUCUGCCGGCUGCAAAGAAGCAUUUCGCCGAGCAGAUCCGACUGUACGGCGACAACUGGAUGGUCAACCUGGUGAACCAAAAGGGCCGCGAGCAGCGGGUCAAGGAGGCGUACGAGCAGAUGGUUGAAAUGCUGCAGACAUCGCCUGCGGAGAAGGUCGAGGGCGACCGGGUGACGUCUGAGAAGUUCCACAUCAUCGACCCGGCGCAGAAGCAGACAUUGUACGACCGGCUGCACUACGUCUACUUUGACUUUCACAGCGAAACCAAGGGCCUGCGAUGGGACCGGGCCAAGCUGCUCCUCAACACACUGGAGCCGCACAUUGUCAAGCACGGCUACUUUUGCGGCGUCGACAUGCCUGGCGAUGCGGGGGGUGUCGAGGUGCGGCGGCACCAGACGGCCGUGGUGCGCACCAAUUGCAUGGACUGCCUGGACCGGACCAACGUGGUGCAAAGCAUGCUGGGGCGCUUUGUGCUGUCACGCAUGCUGAUUGACCUGGGGCUGAUGAGCCAAGGCGAGAGCGCCGAAGAAGACGCAGCGUUUGAGCACCUGUUCCGCAACAUCUGGGCCGACAAUGCAGACGUCGUGUCCAAGUCGUACUCGGGCACUGGGGCGCUGAAGACGGACUUUACGCGCCUGGGGGUGCGGACCAAGCAGGGCGCGCUGCAGGACUUGAACAACUCGAUUACGCGAUACUGCCUGAACAACUUUGCCGAUGGGCCGCGGCAAGACGCUUUCGACUUGUUCCUGGGCAAUCACCUCCCCAGCGACUCGUCUGGCAUGGGCAGCCAGCUCUUGUUUGCCGAUCGGCGGCCGCUGUUCAUCCAGUCGAUUCCGUACAUCCUGGCGGCGAGCAUCUUCCUGUUCCUCGUGGGGACGUUUACGCGACGGGCGCCUGACGCAGCCGUGUGGCCUUUGCGGCUUCUUCUGUUACUCUCGGUGGUGACGGCGGGCGUGUGCUUUAGCUUCAUCUGGGGCCACGGGACGCUUUAUGUCAACUGGCCCAAACUCAACCGGCAACCGCCGCAGAUUGAAGCGUACCAGGAUACCCUGUCCAAGGUGUCGCAGCAUAGCGUGGUGGGGCCACUGGUGGGCACAAAGCACGAGAGGGGAAAGAGCGAUGCGCGGUUGUUGGGACUGGAAGAGGGCAAGAAGAGGAUUGAGUAG